AUGGCAGAAGCUCCAUCCGCAAACACUACUCUCAGAUUAGCUGGAAAAAUAGCCAUAGUAACCGGAGGUGCCAGUGGCAUCGGCGAAGCCACGGCUCAUGUCUUUGCAAACGAAGGCGUUCGUAAAGUUGUGAUCGCCGAUAUUCAAGACGAACUCGGCAAUCAAGUAGCUAUGUCCAUCGGUAAUGAAAGGUGCGCCUUUAUCCAUUGUGAUGUUGCGAAUGAGGAUGAAGUUCAAAACCUCAUUCAAACAACUGUCAAUACUUAUGGACAGGUGCGUUAGUUUGUCUCCGAGGUCUCCCACGAUUUUCUUGAGGUGUUUGAGGUCUUUGUGUGCUGACCUGAUCGAGCGAUGGCUGGUGGGAAGGUCUGACGGAAGCUCCAACGAUAUUUGAGAGAUGUGUCAUCAUUUGUUCCCAAUAUCUGGAGGGGUUCUGGCCAACGGAGUUUGCUAAUGGAGUUCGGUGCCCAUGUCAUCGUAUUUAGGUCGUUGGGGUUGGGUGGAUUAGGGACAGUAUAGUUGCCCAAAUUGGGACAUUGAAUCGUUUUGGAAACGAAGCAAUGGUUCCUGGAGCGUACUAUAGUUAAACAA